AGUUGUUUCGGGAGCGUGUAGCGGGAUGUUUUGAUUCUUUAGGAGGUUAUGUUCGAAAUUUCAGUAAAAAUUAUCUUUUAAUUAAACUUAAUAAAAUCGAUGACCAUAUGUAUAGUUAAAUUUGGCAAGUGUGUUUAGAGCCAUUGAUGAAUGGCCGCAUAGCUAAAUACCAAACACAUAAACAGUUCCAACAACUAUACUAGUCAUUAAUCAGCUGUUUCUAAACGUGUGCUAAUGAUUGGAAUAUCAACCAAAUAAUUUAUGCAUUGAGGUGUAUUGUUUGACGCACCGGCUUUAUAAUGAAUAUGCCAGUUGUUAAUAAAGUUAAUCCAAUUUUGGCUCGCCUACCUAGUAUAAUGAUGCUUAGGAACGUUCGCUUAUCAACACCACAGAAGGUGACAGUGGUGUCAGUAACACUUGGAGUAGCAUUACUGGGAUUUUUAGCAAGGUAUCUUCGUCGAAAGCGAAGAAUUGUCAAUCCAUCUCGAGACACUACAAGAAAACAUGGGACAUCAGGAAUACGCAGCCCAGCUAGUGACGCGGCGAGCCAGGCGUCGCGACGCAGCGCCAGCCCCAGCGUGCGCAGCCUGCACCGCCAGGCGUCGCUGCUGUCGGAGCGGCUGGCGUCGCUGGGGGCGGCCCAGGGGGGCGGCGACUUCGUGGUGGCGGACGUGGGAGCCCACCUGACGCCGCAGCAGCUCGGCGUCAUGGGCAUGGAGGCGCUGGAGACGGCCAUCAACUACUGGGACGACGCGCUGGCCGCCUACACGUCGGGCGGAGGCGCGGGGGCGGCGGGGGCGGCGGGGGCGGCGGCCGUGACGACGGCCGAGGAGGCGCAGUUCUGCCGCGACCUGCAGCGCCUCGUGGACGCCGCCUACGAGCUGCAGGACCAGUGCGAGCUGCUGUUCUUGGACCAGCGCUCCGUGCUGUUCCACACAGACACGUCGUCCAGGCACUACGGGGACGCGCUGUCCUCCUUCACGUCGGCCCCCGAGUCGUUCGCGUCUGCGCAGGACGAGAUUGCAGACCUCAGGGAGUUCGAGGAGUUCGCGGAAUGCUUCCCCGACGCGGAGGAGCUGCCGCUGUACCAGGAGGCCAGGGCGCAGUUCGAGUCGGCCGGCAUCCCCUACAGGACGCUGCGCACGGAGACGGUGCACUGCAGCUCGGACCUGGAGUUCCUGUGCAAGCUGCACUGCGUGCGUCUGGCGCUGCAGCUGGUGUUCCGGGACCGCGCCAACUGGCGGUGGCUGGCCGACACGGGCCGCCAGGUGCUCGCCGACAUCCUCAUCUUCGCCGACAAGGACCCGAAGGACCUGCUGAUAGCGUACGAGGACAUGCUGGAGUUCAUCAAGCAGGAGGAGAACUGGACACUCGUGGAGCAGGAGCUGAGCCUGAAGGGCGUCAAGGCCAUGACCUUCUACGACAUCGUCCUGGACUUCAUCCUCAUGGACGCCUUCGACGACCUGGACUCCCCUCCGUCCACCCUCACCGCCGUCGUCUACAACCGCUGGCUGUCCAAUGGCUUCAAAGAGACGGCUCUCACGACGGCCGUGUGGUCCCUCUUCAAGGGCAAGCGCAGGAUGCUCAAGUACCCGGACGGCUUCAUCUCCCACUUCUACGCCAUCUCCGAGCAGGUCCUGCCCAUGAUGGCGUGGGGCUUCCUUGGCCCCGACGAGAACCUCAAGGCCGUGUGCCAGUACUUCAGGGAACAAGUUACUGGCUUUCUGAUAGACAUUUUCAGUUUCCACAAGUGUCGAUUCUCAGUCAUCAACGAACUGGCAGAAGACAUCCUGAACCACUUAAAGACACGGGUUGAAGCCAUUGGGCACAAACUCUCGUUACAAGGAGAAGCCACAGUUUAACAUUGAAACUAUACUUUAUGGCAAUUUAUCCAUUCAGUAUUCAACUUAACGUUAUGAAUAAUUAUGUUCACAUUAUAUGUAUAUGGAAGAACUGUUUUAUUAAUUUUAUAUAAUUUUUUUAGUACAUACAGAAAAAUUUUAUUUAUAUAAUACUGUUGUUAUAAAUUUAGCAUAGUUAUAUUUGUUCCUAUCAUUCAACUUAUAUUAUGACAUCCUUAGAGAUACAUUGUUUUUAUCAUUAUGUGACUAUUUUAUCAUAUUUAUCUAAAUGACAAUGCAAAAAAUAGCCAUCAUUAGAGACCGGUAAAAUUCGCAGACUCAUUUUGUGAUAGGCUGAAAUUCAAACAUGUGUACAAUUCUGCUGGUUCUGCUAUUGGCUCGCAGUUUAACUAUAGCUCUCUGGGCCAAUGAGAGACUAUCGACCAAAGAAGUGUUGAAUCACAAGCUACCCAGUGGAGACGCCUCACAAUUUAGUACCCAAUGAACACACGUGUUUACUUGAGAAAUAUAGAGGAUAAUGGAGGCUUUCCUAGAGGUCAUUGAAUCCGCGAAUUUUUCAGGUCCCUAGCCAUCAUGUAAAAUUCACUUCAAUGAAUGUGUAAACACUGAAAUGGUUUUUUAUGUUUACCCAUGUUUUUAUUUUGAAAUACAUUCAUACAGUAAAUUAUAUAAAACUUAUUUGUGAUACAAGAAGUAGGUUAAAAUUUACCAAAUUCAAUACACCAAAAUACUGUAAUUAUUUAUUUUAUGAAUAUAUUUAAAUGUGAUAGCUAAAAUAUUAUUUUUGCAGCUAAACAGGAACAUUGUUUUAUUUCUUUACUUUUUCUGUGUUUUCCAUUAAUACUGGUCAGACAAACAAGGUGUUUUAUGAUAUUUCCACUAAAAAAGGGAAAUAUUGAAAUAUUAAAUACUUUUUUUUUCUAUCUUUAGCAUUGGCAUUUGUAGAGUUGAUAAUUAUUGUUUUUACAUUUUAUUGGAGGAAAACCAAGAAUUUGACAGAUAAAUAUAUUAAAUAUGAUAAUUAUAACUUUGAUUAUAAAUAUAAAAAACAACAUUCACUAGGUUCUGAGUUCAAACUUUAUUCAAGAACAUUUAAAAUCUUUUAAAUAAUACAAUUUAUCUUCAUUUUAGGUUUUUUCUAAACAUAUCACACAUUAUAAUGGUCAUAUAUUCAGCUUCAAAUGUUAUUCAUUAUUAGCAGGGGCACAACAACAGGGGGGGGGGGGGGGCAAGGGUAUUUUGCCCCCUCUGAAACCUUGAAGUGGGGGCAAACGGGGGCAAAGAAAGUGCUGUGUAAUCAAUUGUUAGAUAAUAAAACUGCUUAAAUAGCACCAUUUUCCACCUUGAAAUACAAAUUUUUCCAGGCCCCCCCCCCCCCCCCCCCGCUUCAAUAGGGGGGAUCGAUGAUUCUUUAUAAAAAGGUAUAUUGCCCUUUGGAAAUUAUGUUGUUGCACCCCUGAUUAUUAGCAUGAAGACAAAGAAUUGCAUACUGUAAGGAAGUCUUGGAGAAAAUGUAAUUUGGUUUUUGGAACAUUCUGUGAAUCACUAAGUAAUUUUUCACUCUUAACUUGCACCAAUAUUAAUAAAGCAACAGACUGCAUUUCAUGUAUUUGUCUAAUUUUCACAGUUCUUAAAAGUUCCAAAGGUGUAUUUGUCGUUCUGUUAAACAUGUCAGAACAUUAUAAACUGUCAGGGACGUAACUAUACCCGUGCAAGAACUCAUCUUGGCACCUCAUUUUUUUUCCCAAGCCAACCAAACCAAAACCUUUCCUGACAACACUUCAUAAUACCAUCACAUAUUAAUUCCACUAUUACAAAUAUUUUUGAUUCAACAUAGAAGGUAAAUUAAUAGAUUUAGUUGCAGUCAUUAAUUUGUAAUAACAUCGCAAGUUGGAUAGUACGCGAAAAAUACCAGAUUUUAAAUGUUUGAUGAUAUACAUGUAUGUGUCUUUCAAUAUAUCUAAUUCAGUUCAUCUGCCCUCCAACACUUAUUUUUUGUAUUCUAACACUAUGAUAUUCAAGUGAAUAUCUAUAGUAAAAAUUACUCUGCCAGUUAAAUGUCCCCCCUCCUUCCAAAUGAGGCACCCGGGGCACAAGCCCCAUCUGUCCCUGUAAUCCCCGGGGUCAUCAUAAUAAACUAAAGGCCGGAGGGCAAAUAAUGUUUAUGGCCUCACACCUGUUAUUUAAUGCAUAAUUUUAAAACCACUCACAAUUUAAAAAAAAAAAAACACUGUAAGAGAUUAUAUUGCUGUGUAAAUGGGUCAACACUAAGUACGUAGUUAAUGUUUUAAGGUUUUUUUUCAGGUGUUUCUCUCAAGAACUAUUAAUCUUUUUAAAAUGUAAUAUUGACCAACUUAAUUUCUAACAAUAUUUUACAAUUAUUAUUAUUGCAUGUUUCCAUCAAUUAACAUUUUGAUAAUGGAAUUAAAAUACAACAUCCGUGCAAAUCUUGCUUCUACACAUAGAGCUCUUAGAUCAAUGCAUAGAGUUCUUAGAUCUGUUAAGUCUUUGUUGAUCAUUAUUAAUCAAAAUAUCUUAUCCGGCAUGGCUGUGGUCAUGAACUGCCCGAUUAUGCACGUAAUUUACAAUUGCGAGUAGUGAGCUACACAAGGAAAAUAACUUACACUUUGCUCCAUGGUAAUGGUUCAUCAACAUAAACAGUGUGUAGACCCUACUCAUUCCGUUUCACUUCCGUCUGCCCUGCCCUUUGAAGUCAUAAAUAUAAAUCAUAAAAUAGUACAUCAGUUUCAAUACACGACUAAAACCAAAAAUAAUGUGGGUAUUAUCAAAGCAUUCUGAGAGAAACUUCUCUGUGGACUAGCAUGGCUGGUUACAAUAAAAUGCCAGUUAAUGAAAAAUUUAAAAGUUUAUGGUAAAAAAUUAUGCUUACAUAAUCAAAAAUUAUGGAUUAAUAACAGUAAGAAAAACGUAUAAAAAAUAAAUAGGUACUCAAAAUAAUUUAAUGAUGAUGUAAAUACAAGUCAUUAUUAUUAUUGUGAAAUUUUCUUGAAAAUAAACACAAAAUAUCAUAAGCAAUUAAAUACAGGUUUUUAACAUAAUACACGAACAGAAUGUGUUACAGAAUUUGUUAAUCAUUAUUGUUCUAAAAAUUACCAUAUUUUUUAUUAUUCUUAAAAAAAAAAAACACCAGUUUAUUUUUCCAGAAUAAUUAAAAUUUUCUUAAAAUUAUAUUGAAAAAUUUCUUGCAACUGCUGAUGCCAGCAAGCUGUUUGAACAGCCACAUGUAUUAAUGUGAGCAGUGGCCAGACAGGACACGGCACAUCAGGGUCCAGGAAAGAGUCUGGGCCCAGCUGAUGACAAAAUGCUGAAUUCAUUGGUAACAGUGUCUGUCAAAAUUACGAGCACUUGCAUGAAAUGCAGUACAUACGUAUGCAUGUAUAUUUAUCUUCAAAUGUAGAAAGUAAUUUCUUGUAAGUGAAUGCUGCAUCAACUUAACUGUUAAGGAAGGUAGCAUGGGUGGUUCCAGGGGCAAAAAAAAACCCUUACCAUCCUAUUUUUUUGUAAAUGCCACUUACAGUGAAUUACAUUUUGUUGGAAUUCUGGAUUCACCACUAGUGAGUAUGUAAUCUAUCUGCAGCAUUCAGUGAAAUAGUUGAAGUUGAUGUGAAAGAUGUGAUGGUUUAAUAUACUGGGAUCUAGACAUAAUUAAAGAUGUAUUUAUAGUUGUAUGUUUGGAAGUAGUUGUACAAAUCGCAAUAAAGUACUCAGUUUAU